CAUUUUUAGAAAUGUACAGAUAUGGGUCUAUUCUAACUCUUAAGCGUUUUUGUUAGAAAAACAAAGUGGCAAAUUGUCGCUCUAAGUGUUAUAAAUACGGUAGUUUAAGGAUCACCUGAAGGCAGCACAGUUGUACAACGUCGGUGUCGCUCUUGAACGCAGCUCGUGACCUUUUAUUCAACAUAACUACUCUCUGGACAGAAGAGACACAGGAGCUGAGCUUAAAGAAGGCAGCCGGAAUGACGAGCCUCCAGCUGAGUGCGAAGGAGGAGAUGGUGGAGAGGUUUCUGGAUGCCGCUGCCAGAGGAGACAUGAUCCAGGUGUCCACGAUGCUGUCCCAGAGCCCCUCGCUCAUCAACCAGACAGGGUACAGCGGCUGGUCAGCGCUGAUGCUCGGCGCUCGCAACGGGCAUUACCCUGUGGUGGAAGCGCUGUUGUCACAUGGCUGUGACAAGUUCUCCGUGAACAGCUCGUCACAGACUGCUUACGAUAUCGCCAAGUUCUGGGGCCACAGACACAUCUCCAACCUGCUGGGCCAUACUGAUGACAGGUGCCAGCGGGUGCUGCCGGGGGCUGACCUCCACCAGCAGGAGAACUACUUCAGCAGAGAGACGCUGGACCGGCUCAGUGCCAAGAGGACCGACAAGGGAUGGCUGGAGGAUAAACAGAGCGACCCAAACACAGUCUACCUCCUGUUCUCCAACUGCAGCCCCAUGGUCAGCAGCCCACUGGAGGACCGGAAUGCAGGGGGUGAGAACCAGCUGUGUCGGUUCAGAUAUGAGACAGUUAAAGAUCUUCUCCAGAAACCUGCCACUGUGCUCAUCUUCCUGGGGGUAGAGAGGAGGAAGAAGCCCUCCUCUCACACAGUGGAUGGUGUCCGGGAGCCUCCUGCUUGGUUUGCCAUCAACACUGACGAAGACACUGCUGAACUUCUAAAACGCUGCAGAGAAAAGAACUGCUGCUUCCCAAAGACGCUCAACAGAGACCUGCUGAAGUUCAGCGAGGAAGAGGCAGGAGUUGUGGCUCAAGCUCGAUCGGUGUUGGCCUGGCACAGCCGCUACAGCUUCUGUCCGACAUGUGGCAGCAGCACCCGGUCGAAGGAGGGAGGAUACAAGAGGAGCUGCCUGAACUCAGACUGCAGGAGCCUCAAGGGGGUUCAUAACACCUGCUACCCACGCGUCGACCCAGUGGUCAUCAUGCUGGUGAUCCACCCUGAUGGAAACCAGUGUUUACUGGGAAGAAAGAAGAUUUUCCCUGCGGGCAUGUUCUCCUGUCUGGCUGGAUUCAUAGAGCCUGGGGAGACGCUGGAGGAGGCGGUGAGGAGGGAGGUUGAGGAGGAGAGCGGAGUGAAGGUCGGGCCCGUUCAGUACAUCUCCUGCCAGCCCUGGCCGAUGCCCUCCAGUCUCAUGAUUGGCUGCCUGUCUGUUGCCAUAUCGACUGACAUCAAAGUGGACGAGAAAGAGAUCGAGGAAGCUCGGUGGUUUCCACGGCAACAGGUGAUUGACUCUUUCAGAGGAACCCGUCCAGCCUUCACUGUUCCUCCCAGGCAGACCAUCGCCCACCAGCUGGUCCGACACUGGAUCGGCAUGACCUCUAACCUCUGACCUCCAUCCUGUAGCACUAAACCUCCAGACCAUAAGGUGGAUCUAUGAACCAGCAGCUGUCAGAACUGUUGCUACUCUAUUACAACAAACCAGGAACACUACCGCUGAGGUAACAGCCCGAUUCUGAGGGCUGUACAGGACACAGUAUGUUAAUGUGGUUUGUUUUCACCGUUAAGUCCAAAUCAUUGAAACGCACCGCUCCUAUGUGGAGAACUGUAGUCUGUACAUCACUUGCAGAUAAAGGCGAAGACAGAACUUUUCAAGAUGGAAAAGAUGAUCAACAAUAAACCUUUACAUUUCCGAUUCUCAGCUUUGAGCUUAGACUCGGGAUGUGAUGAUGGUUUGAAUGUAACGCAACUGUACAAAGUUAAGGACACUUUUGCAAAACAUUUUAAUCUAUAAUUAGACAAAAACAGCGAUACUGGGAUAUAAAACUAUUCGGGUUAAUUGAGCAAUCUGUAAAAAUGUGUAAUUGCAUACAAACGUUGCCAAUUGAUUUUGUAUUGGUUUUUCAGUUGAAUUAUACUUAAAGUUCAGGGUAAUCCACUGUUAAAAACAUACUGCUCACAUUUUUUUUCUCCAAUAUUUUUUGUUUUUAAUAAUCGUGAUAUCAUUUAUUGACCCAAAUAAUCGUGAUUAUGAUUUUUGCCAUAAUCGAGCAGCCCUACUUUUGAGACAGUGCUAGCUACUUUUUUUAGAAAAAAGGCUGAGAAUUCUAGAAGUCUCAACUACUUAUACAAUUUGUUUUAAAAGCCCAGAUAGCUAACAUGCUAGAGCCUCAAAUGUACUCAAACCCUUGUCCUGAUCGCACAGGACCAUUGUGCUUUGCUCUGUAGUUUAAAAUUAGGAUUGUACUGCCGAAUCAACUUUCAAGGUCAGCUUUUGUUUUUGCUGUGUAAUGGAAAUGACAGCCACUAGGAGGCACCAGCAUGUGUUUAACCUUCAUCUCUACUAGUCCUCUUUGCCUUUGACUCAGCAUGCAGCACUGAUGUUGUUUAUUCAGUCUUCAUUUGCAGUUUUUGAAGUUAAGCAACAGUUUUCUGUAUAAUCAGGCCACACAUCUGUUUUCCCCAGAAAGGAAGACUUGUAAUCUGCCUCGCAUGUUAUCUGAUUAACACAGCUGUUUGCCAUUAAUUCUGGAAAAUUAAAUUUUAGAGCGGCUUCUGCCUGAUGGGCUCUCUCAGAAAAGUCGUCUGGUCGGUGCUCUACCUCUGGAAAGCAGACGUUGGCUUCAUUUUUUUGACUCAGUUGAGCAGCAUCGGCCUCUCGUCUCUCCUCAGAUGUGAAAACUCUGUCACAUUUUCGAUAGUUCAAUCCAUAGUCAGCUUCAUAGAACUGGAGAGGAAUGAGUGGGUGUUCUGUUGUCACUGGAGCAACAGGUAUAUAGUCUGUGUCCACUUCCAGGGCUGACGGUUUAGUGCUGAGUUGGCUGAUUGACAGCGGAGAGUUGUUUUCAUUUAGGUCCUCUUCAUAGGAGGACUUGAAGUUUGGUCCAAUCAUGAUGAGACCAUUCUCACCAAGUACAUCCAUCACCUGGAAGUCCUCAAUAUGAAGGAUGUUUCUCUCUGCAGUUUUCUGUUGAGUGGAAUAAUUGAUUGGAUUUUAAUCAGGAAAGAUAUAUUAUAGUUUUUCCAAAAAAAAAGUCUUGUGUUUCAGUUUUUUUAUCUGAUUUCUCGAAUGAUUAAAUAAUGUUAAAUAUUUCAAUAGGACAUCAUAAAUUGUCAGUGAAGAGUUGUAAAUGUAACGAAAAUCAAGAGCUUAAUAAUGUCUGUCAAUUUCAAAAAACAUAAAAUCAACUUUUACAAUAAACAAAUUACAAGAAUAA